CGCCCGGACUCUGCCUGCGGCGCGGCCUCCCGCGGAGCCGCCCAGACCUUCUCCGCCGGCCCAUGGACCCGGCGCACCCCUCGCCGCCCGGCGUCCGGCUGGAGCUGUCGGCGCUGGAGCGGCAGCCCGACGAGCACACGCCUCUCAAUGGUGCCGUCCGUGUGGACGAGGCGGCCCUGCCGGCCGAGGCUAACAAGGAAAGCCCCUGGAGCUCCUGUAAUAAGAAUGUGGUUGGAAGGUGCAAACUGUGGAUGAUCGUCACCUCCAUUUUCCUAGGUUUCAUUAUAGUGAUCAUCGUAGGCUUAUGUCUUGCUGGAGUAACUUAUGUUGAUGAAGACGAAAAUGAAAUACUUGAAUUAUCAUCAAAUAAAACAUUCUUGGUCACGCUGAAGAUUCCAGAGGAGUGUGUUGCUGAAGAGGAUUUGCCUCACCUGCUCACCGAAAGGCUCACAGAUGUGUACAGUACAUCGCCCUCUCUGAGUCGUUAUUUUACUUCAGUUGAAAUAAUGGACUUCAGUGGUGAAAAUGCCACAGUAACCUACCACCUGCAAUUUGGGAUUCCAUCAGAUGAUGAAAAUUUUAUGAAGUAUAUGAUGAGUGAGGAGUUGGUGCUGGGCAUUUUGCUACAGGAUUUCCAUGAUCAGAACAUACCCGGUUGUGAGAAUCUGGGGCUUGAUCCAGCAUCCCUCUUGCUCGAUGAGGCCAGGGAGGUGGGCAGAGGUCUGAGGAAAGGUUUAAGAGGAUUCCGAGGCUGCGAGGUUCAUACAGCACAAGAUGGGCUGCGCAGGAAUGAAGUGAUGGAGGUCGGUCUGCGUCUGAAAGCAGUGCUCCACCGAGUCCUAGAGAUGAAGGGAAUUCACUGUUUUACAGAAAAGAUUCUGUGA